UCAGUUCAGCCUGGGGUCCGCACAGCCUCCCUCUGCUUCUCCUCAUCAAACAAAUGCCUCUUCAACUCAAACUUUUCUUAGCUUUACCGUAAAGCCACAGGCAUCAGAAGCUUCUCACCUUGGGACAGAAUGCCUUUUGGAGGAGGAAACAAGUGUGGCUGCUGCCAGAAAACUGUCUACUUUGCUGAGGAAGUGCAAUGUGAGGGGAAGAGCUGGCAUAAAUCCUGUUUUCUGUGCAUGGUCUGUAAGAAGAACUUGGACAGCACAACAGUGGCCGUUCAUGUGGACGAGAUCUACUGUAAAUCAUGUUACGGUAAGAAGUAUGGGCCAAAAGGCUACGGCUUUGGAGGUGGAGCGGGAACGCUGAGUAUGGACACAGGAGAGGGACUUGGGAUCAAACCUGAAGUACAAGCUCCUCAUUGCCCAACAAACAACCCAAACGCCUCCAAGUUUGCUCAGAAAGCAGCCGGCUCAGAAGUGUGUCCUCGAUGUGAGAAAACCGUGUACGCAGCAGAGAAGGUUAUUGGAGGAGGGAACUCGUGGCAUAAGAGCUGCUUUCGUUGUGCAAAGUGUGGAAAAGGUCUGGAGUCUACGACCGUUGCCGACAGGGAUGGAGAGAUCUUCUGUAAAGGAUGCUAUGCCAAGAACUUUGGUCCAAAGGGAUUUGGCUUUGGUCAGGGUGCAGGAGCUUUGGCUCAUUCCCAGUGAAGCCCGAGGCAUCAGACCACGUGGGAUGGAUAUGCGGUGCUCUCUGAUGUCCCAGCUUCCAGUCUGUUUCAGUCAAUAUCUGCCCUUUCCCUCCUGCUACAGGCAAUGAUGCAAACAUGCAGCUUUUUGUACACGCUCACCAAGCAAAUUAUGUUGCAUUAGAUGUAGCCAUAUUUACAUUUAAAACCUUUAAAUUUAACUGUUUAGAUGAACACAUUCUGUAUUAAGUGAGGUGCCCUGAAAACUUAAACACUACUGUUGAAGUGUUUGGUAUUCAGUUUUUUUUUUAGUUGGAUUAAUAAAUAAAAGUGGUUUAAGUGAGCAAGAACAAACUAAGACACAAGUGAAUCAAGCUUCAGUUGUGGCAAAAAGUAGAUAUCCUCACUUACACAUAAAAUGUGUUCAUGUUGCCUGAUAAUUUGCUUGUUUUUGCACUGACAAAAUAAAGCAAAAAAAGAAAAGCACACUAUGUUUUCUUUGUUGUAAUGCAGCUUGACUUUUACGCAACUGUUGUUUUCUUUCUGUCAUUUUGCUCUGAUAAGAUGUGUCUUUGUGUUUGAGUGAUCUUCAAUGUGCUGCCUAUUCAUUUGAAUCCUCAAAAUGAGCAAAUGCCAGCUGUUGUGGUGAACAACAGAGUCGUAGUGUUCAGCCCCAUCUCAGGCUGUGCCGAGGAGAUGGUAAACUGGCCAGCGUGCCAGGCAGCUGUGGUGGUUGAAGUGGGUGUUGUGGUAGGGGGUCAGCUGUUUGUUCUGGCACAAAUUACAGUAUGAGUCACAUGGACUACAAAUUUACACUAGAGUUCAUGAAAACAUUAAAGUAUUACAGUCAAGAACCUUUUUCUGAUUCAGAGCUUUCAUGUGGUUAGUCAAGUAAGAAUAACAACAUUUUACUGAUGAAUGUAUGCAAAAUGUCUAGCUAUACAGCCACGUACAAAAAAAGAAAAAAGAAAAAGAAAAAAAGUUAACACAGUGUUUACGUAUAAGAAAAAUCAUCCAAACCUUGUCAGAUCCUAAAAUUUGGUUAUAUAACCUGACAUGAAUAACAUGACAUUUUAACCUGUGUCAUUAUUUAUUUAUUUAGCAAAAACAAAGGCAAAAUAUAAAAACUAGGUAAAAUUAUCAUGGAAAACAACUGUUGCUGCUCAUGAAGAUAGGAAGCAUAAAGCCAUUUCCAAACCAUUCUGGAUCCAUCUAUCCAUUGUCAAUCUUCUCAGGAGUAUACAUCCCAAAAAGGUCAGAGCAUGCAAUGCUAAGAAAAAUAAAUAAAUAAAAUGGAAGGAAGCUACAUCUCAGACUCUACAGGUCUCAGCUAGCAUGUUAGCUGCUAAAAGCCACACAAGGAAAAAAAAAUCUUAAUAAGAUGGUUUACUGAAAGGCUUGCUAGAAGAAAACAUCUGUCUAAAAUUGAUAUGACUGCACAGUUAAGUUUUUUUAUUUUUAAAGGAGCUUUUGACAAAAACCAAGACUUCUGAAUCAAUGUCCUUUGGACAGAAGACAAAAGUGGAGAUGAUUGGUUAUAAUGAACAGUUUGUUCCUUAACCAAAACACAAGCACAGAACAAACACUGAAUACAAACUGGCAAGCACAGUGUGGGGAUGAUGAUUGGGCCACAGGACCAGAUUCAGCAAUGAACUCUUCUGCAUGUCAGAUUAGAGUCAAAUAUGAGGCCAUCAAGCAACCAGACAAUGAUCCACAACAGAGUGACCCAGGGAAAUAAAUAAAUUUCAAGGUGUGGCAACAGUCUAGCCAUAAAUGUGAUUAAUGCUCUGUCAUAUAAUGUCAUGUAAUGUCAUACAUAUUACUCAUUACCUUAAGUUACUGUGAGGCCUUUGUUCACACAACUGCUCUGCAUUUUGGGAUUUUGCUUGUAAUAGAUGUAUAAUCACACCAACA